AUGAUAAGUGCACUAAGCGGAACUGCUAAAUUAGCUGGAGAUAAUGAACAAAGACUUGCGGUUAUAGAUAUGAAGUUAGCCAUUAUGUUUAAAAACAUUGAAAAAGCUAAAACACAAAUAUUAACGGAUGAAAACAUCGUUAAAUGGGAGAAUGAAGAACUAGACGAGUGUUUAGAAGAAGCAUUAUGGUGCGGCUCAGUGCCAUUUGUGGAGUUAUUACUUGAAUUUGGCGCCACAUUUAAACGGUUAGCAGCGUUCACAACAAUUGAGUAUUUCUAUCAAAUAGAUAGUGAGAAAAAAGCUGGACGUAUCAAUGAAGCAUUCAUGCAGGAAUAUACAUCAGAGAAGAAUCCUAUUGUAGGUAUUCUAAUGGCUGUUAGAACGUAUCAAACUGCCGUGAAAGAUGAUGUAUGGGAUUAUAAAACCAAGAUAGAAUAUCGUCUUAAAGAAAAACAAUUUGGUAAUUAUGCUGCUGCUAUAAUCGAUAAAUGUUUUGCUGUCGAUAAAAAGAUGGCACUGAAUAUACUUGAAAAGCGGUCAAAACAUUUUUUUAAUCGAAAUCCAUUAGAAUUAGCAGAUGAGUGUCAGUGCAGGGAAUUUCUUGCCACAGAGUGUGUUCAGAAAUAUUUGGAUAAUGAAUGGUACGGUGAAAAUGAACAUCAAAAUCAGAAAAUGAUGAAUAUUUUGGUAACAGAUAGCUUUUGUGUCAGUAAUCAAAAUAUACCCUCUAAACUUUUUUAG